GUCGUGUCCGGGCUGCGGCGGCAGACAAAGGGCCCGUGCUCAGCGGCGCAGAGUGCCUGCGGGCGAGACGCAGCCCCGUCGCCAUCCCCGUGUUUUCGGCGUUCUCCUUACGUAACGAGCGAGUCAAAAAUGGCUAUUGCCCAAUGGUGCUGUUUUGCCAAGUCACUUCGGUACUCCGUGGCACAGCGCUGCUCUGGGGUCAGGCCGUGCUUCGUGCUUUCCGGGAGCAGCCCUGCGAGCGCUGCCUUAAGCGUUUGGCAGUUUUUGUGUGUGUCCGUAAAGAUCCUCCAACCAGAGAGAACCAGAAUCACUCUUUGUGAGCAGGACCUCUAAAGAAAGCUUGAACUUAAUUUGUUCUAAAUUGCCUGGACCCUCUUGCCCAACAACUCAUCCUAGGAACAGGAUCACUCAUUAUUGCAGUGGAGGUAGCAUUAAAGCUUUUCUUAAAUAGGAACGUAAUUUUGCAGACAAGACAAGGUUCUUUUUUUUCCCAGAAGAUUCCUGUUGGCUCUACCAAAAAAUUGGAUCUGGGCACUUUUGUUUGAAACUAUGAAACAAACAGAAGAAUGUGUGUGGAUUUAAAACUAUUGUAUUUAUCAAGUUGUGGAGUGAGAAGUACUGAAGAAAUAGCUUGCUCUAUUGCUCACUGUAGAUCUACUUCAAAUUGUUUCUGAUGCAGCUGAGAAAAAUGCAGACCCUUAAAAAGGAACACGGACCUGUUGACACAAGUAGCAAUGUGGACAAAAUUGUGGUACUUAAAUCUACUUUAGCAGAAGUGUCUGAAGAGUUGUCUACAAAUGAAGAUAUACUACUUACUGAAGCAAGUAGUGGAAAAAGCAAAUCUUCAGCUUGUCGGAGAAAGCGAGAAUUCAUUCCGGAUGAAAAGAAAGAUGCUAUGUAUUGGGAGAAAAGGCGGAAAAAUAAUGAAGCUGCCAAAAGAUCUCGUGAAAAACGACGGCUGAAUGACCUUGUCUUAGAGAACAAACUAAUUGCACUGGGAGAGGAGAAUGCCACUUUGAAGGCGGAGCUACUUUCAUUGAAGCUAAAGUUUGGUUUAAUUAGUUCUGCAGCCUAUGCCCAAGAGAUACAGAAACUCAGUAGCUCAACAACUGUGUAUUUCCAAGACUAUCAAAGUUCCAAACCAAAUAUUAACUCAUUUGUAGAUGAACAUGAACCAUCUGUAGUUGGUAGCAGUUGUAUUUCUGUCAUUAAGCAUUCUCCUCAAAGCUCUAUGUCAGAUAUGUCUGAAAUGUCAUCAGUAGAGCAUGCUCAAGCAAGUUGUAUACAGAGCAACUGCAGAAGUCCUGAAAAUAAGUUUCAGAUUAUAAAACAGGAGCCCAUGGAAUUGGAGAGAGAGCCAAGAGAUGACAGAGGUUCAUACAAAGCAUCCAUAUAUCCAAACUACGUGGGAACUACCUUCAACAUGUACUCACAUUCUCCUCCUCUCUUGCAAGUUAAUAGGUCCUCCAGUAAUUCCCCUAGAACUUCAGAAACUGAUGAUGGAGUUGUUGGAAAGUCAUCUGAUGGAGAAGAUGAGCAGCAGGUUCCUAAGGGUCCAAUCCAUUCUCCAGUAGAACAUAAAAAUGUUCAUGCAACAGUUAAAGUUCCAGAAGUGAAUUCUUCUGCUUUGCCUCACAAGCUUCGAAUUAAAGCCAAAGCCAUGCAAGUUAAAGUGGAAGCGAUGGAUAAUGACUAUGAUGCCACACAGAAGUUGUCAUCGCCUAUUGAUAUGUCCUCAAAAAGACAUUUUGAGCUUGAAAAACAUGGUGCACAGAACUUGGUGCAUUCUUCUCACACUCCUUUCUCAGUUCAGGUGACAAACAUCCAAGACUGGUCGCUCAAACCAGAACUCUGGCAUCAAAAAGAACUCAAUGUAAAAAUUCAGAAUGGUUGCAAAACUGGAGUUGAAAUAAAAGACAAUGUCUACAAUGUCUCGGAGUCUGAGAAUCUGUAUCUGAAGCAGGGCAUAGCAAACUUAUCUGCAGAGGUUGCUUCACUUAAAAGACUUAUAACUACACAACAAAUUUCUGCAUCAGACUCUGGUUAAGUUACUACUGAGUAAAGGCUUAUUGUUUAAAAAGAUGUCAUUUGCAGUAGAUAAAUGUUUUGUAUUAUACUGAAUUUUCACUGGACUUGUGAUGUCAUUUCACUGUAAUGUUCACAUAACAUCUGAUUGGUGUCUUUUUGUGCACAAAUUAUUAUGAAGACUAGGUUGUGUUAUGAUCACUAUGCCUUGUGUAUAGUCAAGUAGCCUGUACAAAGGCUGUAUAUAGUGAACUUUACUUUUUGUUGUUCUACUAUAAAGUGUGUAAGUUACCAGUUAUAAUAAAAUAUUGGUGACAAA